UUAUUAUUAAUAAACACUAAUCAAUAUGGGAAGAAGGAGAACAAAGAAAGUCGGCAUCUGCGGUAAAUAUGGUACCAGAUACGGAUCUUCGACCAGAAAGAUACUAAAGCAAUACGAAACCAGUCAGCACGCUAGAUACGUCGAUCCAUUUACUGGAAAGGAAAAUGUCAGAAGACUCGUUGCUGGAAUCUGGCAAGGAAAGACCAGAGGAUCCAGAAAAAUUGCUGGAGGUUGCUACCAACUCGCCACUGCUGCUGCCAUUACCGCCAAGGAUAACGUCGAAAGACUGAAGAAACUCCAGAAUAAAGCAAACUAAUUCUAAUAAUGAGCUGAAUAUAAAUGGUUUGUAAUAAACAUUGUUCUC